CCAUAGCAGAGAUAAAACUCUGGAGUUCAGACUGUGUCUUCUGAGGAGGUCUGUGAUCACGCCCCCACACUCCACCUCAGCCCUGAAAGCAGCCAGCAGGAAAGGAUUCUCUGCUUUUCAGCCAGGGCCUGGGAAGACAUACCUUUCUGUACAUGGGGGCGGAGGAGACGUCUCGACAUAGCCAUCAGUUCAACGGGCCCCCGUUUUACGAGGCCAGGAAAUGUUCACGGGAAGAUAAAUAACAGGGUAAUGAGGGGUUCUUAUAGAAAGUGGUAUUAACUUUAAUGAGGAGAAAACCCUUUGUAAAGGCCAACGCCCACUGGAGCGGAGAUAUAAACCUGGGGUGAGGAGCUGCUUCUCUGCAUCAGGGGGCACCGGGGCUCGAAGACCUAUCACUUGUGUCCGGGCUGCUGAGGCCAUGGCUUCUAAGUGCCUCAAGGCCAGCUUCUCUUCGGGGUCUCUCAAGGGUCUGGGAGGGGCCAGUGGGGGCUCUGCUCGUGUGUCGGCGAUGUACUCCAGCAGCUCUUGCAAGCUCCCGAGCCUCUCCCGAGGGGCCCGGAGUUUCUCCGCAUGCUCGGUCGGGCCUACCAGGAUCAGCUGCAGGCCUGCCAGCUGCCUCCCUGCUCUCUGCCUCCCACCCGGAGGCUUUGCCACCAGCUACAGCCUGGGCGGGGGCUGGUUUGGGGAGAGUGUCCUCACUGGCAGCGAGAAGGAGACCAUGCAGUCCCUGAACGACCGCCUGGCCAGCUACCUGGAGAAGGUGCGCCAGCUGGAGCAGGAGAAUGCCAGCCUGGAGAGCCGCAUCCGGGAGUGGUGUGAGCAGCAGGUGCCCUACCUGUGCCCCGACUACCAGUCUUACUUCCGGACCAUUGAGGAGCUCCAGAAGAAGACCCUGUGCACCAAAGCAGAGAAUGCCAGGUUGGUGGUGCAGAUCGACAAUGCCAAGUUGGCUGCAGACGACUUCAGAACCAAGUAUGAGACGGAGGUGUCCAUGCGGCAGCUGGUGGAGUCAGACAUGAAUGGUCUGCGCAGGAUCCUGGAUGAUCUGACCCUGUGCAAAUCUGACCUGGAGGCCCAGGUGGAGUCCCUGAAGGAGGAGCUGCUGUGCCUCAAGAAGAACCAUGAGGAGGAAGUAAACUCGCUGCGCUGCCAGCUUGGUGACCGGCUCAAUGUUGAGGUGGACGCUGCCCCGCCAGUUGACCUGAACCGUGUCCUGGAUGAGAUGAGGUGUCAGUAUGAGACCCUGGUGGAGAAUAACCGCCGGGAUGCUGAAGAAUGGUUCAACACUCAGACCGAGGAGCUGAACCAGCAGGUGGUGUCCAGCUCAGAGCAGCUGCAGUCCUGCCAGGCGGAGAUCAUUGAGCUGAGGCGCACGGUCAACGCCCUGGAGAUAGAGAUGCAGGCCCAGCAGAGCAUGCGAGAUGCUUUGGAAUCCACCCUGGCGGAGACCGAGGCGCGCUACAGCUCCCAGCUGGCCCAGAUGCAGUGCCUGAUUGGCAACGUGGAGGCGCAGCUGGCUGAGAUCCGGGCUGACCUGGAGCGGCAGAACCAGGAGUACCAGGUGCUGCUGGACGUGCGGGCCCGGCUGGAGGGCGAGAUCAACACGUACCGGGGCCUGCUGGAGAGCGAGGAGGGCAAGCUGCCUGGUAACCCGUGUGCCCCUGACCACUCGCCAGCCAAGUCGUGCCUCCCCUGUCUUCCUGCAGUCUCCUGCGGUCCUGCUGCAGUCCGUACCACCUGCAGCCCCCGCCCCAUUUGUGUGCCCUGCCCGGGGGGCCGGUUCUGAGAGUGACCGGCCCAGAAAGCCGAGGCCAUUGUCUCCAGGGCUGGACUUGGCCUUUUUUCAACCUUAACCCUAAAGCCCCAUCCCCUCUCUCUGUGCAGAGCCCAGGGUGCUAGAGCCGGGCUCCGAGGGGGCUCACUGCAACUAACAUCCCUCAGUCUCUCCAAGCCUGUCUCUAAGGCUGGCCAUCUCUGAAAGCCUCCUCAUCAUUUCAGUGGGUGUCAGCCAUGCUCUCUGUUCUCAGGCUGCCUCCUGGGUCAGGUUUUCUUUCCGGGUGCUCUUUAGUGGGUUCUGGAAUGCAAUAGAGAGCUUUUGUGGGCAGAAUAAUAAAGUGUAUUGGCUUUGGCUCUCGCCUA